CGACAAGUCCAAUUCAUCAUCAAAGUCAUCUUAGUCGAUGACGAGCAUCUUUGUUGCCUUACUCCGUUCGAUAGAUUUUGCUUUCGAUCCCACAAACUCGUCAAGCAACUUCCAUUUUCUUGUCCUCUGAAGCCAGAAUUGAUCAUGCCAAUUGUUGGCCUAACUUUAGAGAUCUCAUCAAACUAGACCUUUGGGAAGCGACUCCACGAGUGACAGGUCAACAAACCCAUGCUCAGACGUAUAAACAAUAAAGUCAUGGUUCGUCCUUGAACAAGCGAGUUCUCCUUAUUUAUCAUAAGCAUUCAUGGCGUCGGCAUCGACCACCAACGCCGCCGCGGCCCCCGUCGACCCCGAGCAACGAGAAUAUAAUUUGAUCUCACAACUCGAACUCCGCAUCGCCUCGGCAUCGACGGAUGAGAAGCUUGAGGCCAUUCUCCAGAAAUUCCUUCCCGCUCUACUGCUGAAAUUGGCCUCUCCAACUGAACGCAAUCGCAAUCUCACCAUUAAGGUAUCUCAGUAUCUCAAUCAACGACUCAAAAUCAAUCAGAAUAUCAAGUUACCCGUCUCCGCUCUGGUCAAGACCUUCCGCGAGGCCGAGAAUGCAUUUGUCCGGAGAUUCUGUCUGAUUUUCAUCGAACAAGGUCUACCGAGACUGGAAGCUCAGCAGGCGAUUGAGGCUCUCCCAGGAUUUCUACAGUUUGCCAUCCCAAAGGCCGAGGGCUAUGACAAUACUGAUCGGAAGAUGUGGGCGAUUGCCUUUGACUUCCUGCUCGAGGUCCUGAGCAAGUGGAAGCUGCCGGACCGGCACAGCAAGGAAGAUUUAGCCUUGCAAGCGACGUUCUCCCUGUCCGACUUCCAGACCAAUCUCCUUGUGCGGCGGAUCUGCGACUUUCUGCUCUACGACCCCAAAGACGCAUCCACUGUGCAGUCUCUCGACGAAGACUUCCGCCCUGUUAUGGACAAGAACUUCCGGCGCCGCUCCCAAGUCGUUCUUCCUAUUGCCAAAUUCCUCUUCACAUCCAUCUUCUCCGAUCAACAGCGUCUCCUGCCUGCUGUGAUCAUGGCCGUAGACGCCAACGCUUCCGCCAUCAACAUGAGCGACAUCUUCUUCAAACAGACCGAAUUCGACCUAGAAGCGGAAUCCAAUGUCGACGAGUUGUUCGCACUGUACCGGCGAUCAAAGCCAAAGCUCCAGACCAAAAUCUUGUCUCUGCUAUCACGAAGCCAGACCUCCACGAGCCGCACCACAGAGAUUAUGGCCAUGAUAGAGUCCCAGCUCAAUACCACAAAUGCCGGCCUGGAGGCCGCCAAACUGCGGACUGCGCUGUUCUCCUACCUGACUUGGACGGUGCGAGUGGGUAAUACACUCGGCCAAAUCAGCCAUCGUGUCCAAGAUCUUCUCAAGGAGUACAUUGAAAUGCAAGGGUGGCCUUCCAUGAAUGACCGUUCUGCUGCAGAAACUGAGCUGCGUGCCAAAGCUUAUGAGAGUAUCGGCCUGCUAGCCGCUGCAAAGGAAUCGAAAGCCACUGGCUCUGGCCCUGGUACCCCCAAAUCCGAGUCGGGACAUCGCACUCUCGACCUCAUCACAUGGCUCUUCACUAGUCUGCGCUGUGACACAACCAGAGACAUCAAGGGGAGCAUCGAAGAGGCCAUCGGUCGGGUCAUGAACACAAUUACCCAACUUGACGACACUUCAACGCAAAGACUUAAAGACCUGCUGUUGUGGAACGUUCUCGCCGUCCCUGGCGACGAGGACCCCGUCUACUUCUUCCCUACCGUCAACACUACAAAGUACCCAGCCGUCAGGUUCGUCAACAAGGUUCUACCGUUCCACGAUGUUGACGCAAGAUUUAUCAACGUCCUAGCAUUAGCAUCUUCAGACCGUCGUGAGGUUGCCGAAGAGGGCGUCCGCGGCCUCGAUCCCUACUGGCAUGCUUCAAAUCUGCGAAUGGUCAAUGCCAGCUCACAGAACCAAAAGCUAGCCUUGCCAGAUCUAGAGAAACUAGUCACACGCUUCUUCGUCACAACAGACGACACCAACGCAAAUCAGAAGAAAAUCUUGACUGAACCACAUGUCCUCGCUGCGGCCGUCAUGUUCUGUCGCAACGUCCUGGUCUGCGAUGCUUUGAAAGACACAAGUCUUGCGCCUGAGGAGUCAGCCGAUUGGCGCCAAAGAAUUGAUGCUCUCGUCAACAAUGACCAAGAAGUCCGUGUCAAGAUCCGCACUCAUUUGCAAUCUCUUCAGCCUGAAAUGCAGGUCAUACUGGUACAAGCGGCUCUGAUGGGAUUGUCCAAGGGAUCACUGGACUGCGGCGAUUUCUGUUUUGAGUUGCUUUCUCUCUCACCAAACGAUCUAUUACCCUUGGUAGCCGAAGCUGGGCUCCAGGCUGCCUCACUGGUUGUUUCAAAUGCGGCAGUGCAGAGCCGUGCAGCCAGAAUCUACGGUAUUCUCGCUUCACUUCGGGAUGACGCCGAUGUGCUCAUCAACCUUGGUCUGGACAAGUGUUCUGCGUGGAGGAAUGCGAUUGGCGAGGAAGUCCACCGAGUUCGCGGGUACCUGCUACAAGCGGUCUUCACAUUGACUCGUCGAUCGCUACGAGGUCUAGCUGUUGAAGCGACCACAUUGACAUCGACCUUCAAAUUGGUCUGCGAUGUCAUUCGCACCUCAACAGACAAGUCACUCAAAGAGACGGGUUUCAGAUGUCUCCGUCAAUUGGCCUCUUGCACUCCAGACAUCAAAGAUAUGCUUGUCGAAGCUGCCAUCUUCAGCCAACUGGUCUCCGAGUCCAAGAAGGAAAGCGAGCCUGCUGCCUCCGCCAUUGGCCCAGUCUUUGCGCUUCUAUCUCAGGGAAACACUCAGGACGAUGUUCAAGAAGGCGCCGGCACUACAGAUUCGAAAACUCCAACAAUGCUAGAUCGCAUCCUUGGUCUUUACGAAGUUAAGCGUGCCGAGUUUCACUUUGCUCUGGGAGAAUCAUUAGCCGUGGCAUUGGCAGGCUUCAAGUCGACCUCGACCAUUACCGAGUUUGACGUGGAUGCUCAGCGUCCUGAAUGGGGAUUCCGAGAAGACCUGAUGACGGAUGUGCUGAGCAGAGUCAUUGAGGAUUCAAGAACUACUCGGCCUUCGCAAAAGAAAGCUGCGGCAAUAUGGUUGUUGUGCUUGAUACAAUAUUGCGGUGAUGCGGAGCCGAUCAAAUCACGUCUUCGGGACGCUCAAGCAGCAUUUGCUCGACUCCUGAGUGAUCGCGACGAGAUUGUUCAGGAGACUGGAUCACGAGGACUAAGUGUUGUCUAUGAACACGGCGACAAAUCUCUACGCGACGAUCUGGUUAGAGACUUGGUAUCGUCAUUUACAGGCAACAAGGCCAAGAUGUCCGGCACUGUCAACGAGGACACCGAGCUUUUCGAUGCUGGAGCGUUGCCGACUGAAGGUGGCCAGUCAGUCACUACAUACAAAGAUAUUGUCAAUCUGGCGACCGAGAUGGGAGACCCCAGUUUGGUGUACCGAUUCAUGAACCUGGCGUCCAACAACGCCAUUUGGACCAGCCGAGCUGCAUUUGGCAGAUUCGGCUUGGGCAAUGUCCUGGCUGAUUCAACGUAUCUUGCGGAGAACAAAAAGUUCUACCCAAAACUUUUCCGAUACCGAUUUGAUCCCAACCCAAAUGUUCAGCGAUCGAUGAACGAGAUCUGGAAGGCCUUGGUCAAGGACCCCAAUGCUGUCAUUGGUGAAAAUUUUGACCUGAUCAUGGACGAUCUGCUAAAGAGUGUUUUAUCAGGAAAAGAAUGGCGGGUGCGAGAAGCAAGUUGUGCAGCCAUAUCAGACCUUGUUCAAGGGAGAGAUCUCGACCUGUUCCAGAAAUACUUGGAUGAAAUCUGGAAAGUCUCGUUCAAGGUUUUGGACGAUGUGAAAGAAAGUGUUCGUUUAGCUGCGAUGAAAUUGUGCAGAACCCUUACAAGUAUGCUGAUUCGCAAUUUGGAAACCGAUGGCAAUACCAAGAGGUCUCGAACGAUGCUGAAUCAUGCCAUGCCAUUCUUGUUACAACAAAUGGACGGAGGUGCAGGAAAAGAUGUUCAACAGUAUGCCAUCGUGACAUUAUUGGAAGUGGUCAAGAAAUGUCCAUCUAGAGCACUUCAGCCUUUUGCGCCUCAAGUCCUGGAGGCUCUAGUGGUCUCUCUCAGCUCGUUGGAACAUGAGAGCAUCAAUUACCUUCACCUGAAUGCUGACAAAUAUGGACUGACGGCAGAGAAACUGGACAAGAUGAGAGUGUCGAGUAUCAACGCAUCGCCGGUCACCGAAGCAAUGGAGCGCUGCCUGGAAAGUAUUACGAUGCCAAACGACGAAUCCGUCGAUGGAGCAGACGCAAUGGAAGGGGUAGUGGUCAAUGGACAAGGGUCAAACCCUGUCAUGGACGAUGCAAUGCAACGACUUUCGAAUGCCUACCGUGCAGCUAUCGGACUGCCGUCGAAAGUUGGUCUGAGCCGGGUGAUGACAACGCUGGUCAUUCGUCAUCAAGCUGCCUUUGGACCAUAUGCCGACAAGUUCAUUCAACUGACGAGAAAGCACAUACUGGAUCGUAACGCAACCAUUAGCGUGGCGUUUAGUACGUCGUUGGGUUACUUGAUGCGCUUGGGCUCUCAGAAGGAAAUCCAAGCAACAAGCAAGUAUGCCCAAAAACUGUAUUUUGAGUCGGAGGAGCUAAUGCAUCGGUCGGUGGCGGGGGAAAUCAUUCAAGCCAUCUCAAAAGCGGCCAAUGAUGUGUUUAUGAAUUCAGCCUCGACAUUCCUUCCCUUUGCUUUUAUUGGGCGCCGAGAUACAGACAAGGAAGUCCGCGAACGGUUUGAUGUUCCAUGGAAAGACAACAUUGGUGGGUCGCGCGCAAUCAACCUCUAUUUGAAGGAGAUUGUGGAACUCAUUUCGACACAUAUCAAAUCGCCGUUGUGGCCGAUCAAGCAUGCAUGCUGCUUUGCCGUAGCGGAAUUGAUUAAAACGAUGGAGGUGACAGAACGAUAUUCCCCGGGUGAAGCCUUGUUGCUAUGGGACCUCAUGCAAGCGUCAUUGGACGGCAAGACAUGGGAAGGGAAAGAAGAAGUGAUUGAAGUGUAUCCGAAAUUUGUUCGUCAGGCCGGGUCGCUCCGAGAGGACGUCAAGGUAACACAGCAAAUGAAGAAGGUGGCAUUGAGAGAAGCAAAGCGGACCAACGCGGGAUACCGACCGCAUGCGAUCAAGGCGCUGGGAGAAUUUGUAAUGGCACGAAAAGACAUUGACAUGACGGACGAGGUUGUGCCUUACCUAGUCGAGCUAAUGGAUGAGCUUACCGACAAAGAUGCAAUGGAUAUUGACGAAAGCGGUGGCAAGGGUUUCGACAAACGGUCAAUAGUGGAAGACACCAUAAGCGCCAUUGUUUCGUGCUUGUUCCAACAACUAACUGCCCAGACCCGGCGAGAGGUUCUGGAUGCUGCGUUGGAAAUUGUGGGAAAAGCACGGAGACUCCGAACAAGCGAGAUUGACCGCGCAACAUAUGAAGGAGCAAAGAUUUUGAUGGAGAAACAGCGACCUGAAGGCAGAAGAGUUGAUGGAUUUCGGCGUGAUACGAAAGGAGGUGAUGUUGAGAAGACGUUGGGAAAUGCCGCAGACGCAGCCUCAGCCUCAGCCUUGGGCUCGGGCGCAGGGGAAAAUGGGUCGGCGGAAGGCGGCGAAGGGCCUCAGUCGGCUAGGGAAGGAAUUGCCUCAGAACCACGGGCAGUUGCACUUGCCCUAGCGCUUGCGGCUCUUGGCUCCGGAGAUUCUGCCAGUAUCGACCGCCAAGCCUCUGAGCCGGAACAUCUGCGAAAGUCACGUGUGUCUCUCGCACUGGCCGUGGCCCAGAACUGCGGCCAACGUUCGGACACGCUAGCCAGAAUGCUGGAUGGUUGGUACGAAUCCGAGCGGUCCAGGCCCUUACGCGAAGAGAUCGACCGGGUUCGUCAGGCUAAUGAUCGGAGCGGAUGAUAUACUCCGUAUGUCGCCUAACUCGCUUAAGGACGAAUGUACUCCGUAUGUACGUACUUCGUAGACGCGUAGGGAUUCCGGCCCUGCAAUGUAAAUGGGCCUGUAUUGGCUGCAUAUCUGCACCGGAGCCAUGGUUCAGGGACGCGGACUCAUGGCACGGUUUUUUGGAGUUCGAGGUUUGUGCUUUUGGAGCCCGACGGGUGCAGGCUGCAGGCGGCACGAAGACCCCUGUUGAACGUGUGAAGCUCGUGAUCCCCACAAAGUUUAUCCAGAGAAAGCCGUCUUGACCGUCGGAAUUGGUUCAGCUGGGCUCUGUGCAAGGCUGCAUGGCAGAGCGUGGCAUGGCAUGGGUAGAGCCGGAAGUCGGCAAUUGAAAGGCCCACCUCAUUCGAAGUCAGAACGUGCUGGGGGUGGGCGCUCCAGGGAUUUGUAUUGCUGCCCAGUUAUGCCUAGAGAUUGUCAA